AUGGCUGGUGGUCCUGCGCCUACUGGCCCUUCGGCGAGCCCUCUGGGCCAGGCUUGGGGAUAUGGCAUUGUCCUCGGCAUCGGAUUCUUGUUUGCCCUUGGCAUGGUCUUUACGACUUGGGUGCUGAGACGGUACAACAACGAGCUGCAGACUUCGGAGAUGUUCUCGACUGCUGGCCGUACGGUCAAGUCUGGUCUUGUCGCCAGUGCUGUUGUUUCGUCGUGGACUUGGGCUGCGACCCUGCUGCAGUCCAGCAGUGUGGCUUUCCGAUACGGCGUCUCCGGGCCGUUGUGGUAUGCUGCUGGUGCGACUGUGCAGAUUCUGCUCUUUGCGACUGUUGCCAUUGAGUUGAAGAGGCGAGCGCCGAAUGCUCAUACCUUCCUUGAGGCGGUUCGCGCCCGUUAUGGAACCGCGACACACUUCGUCUACAUCACAUUUGGUCUCUUCACCAACAUCCUCGUCACCGCUAUGCUCUUGACCGGUGGCUCGGCCGUCGUGUCAUCCUUGACCGGUGUCCCUACAGCCGCUGCUUGCUUCUUGCUUCCGCUUGGUGUUGUCAUCUACACCAUGUUCGGCGGUAUCAAGGCGACCUUUCUGACCGACUACGUCCACACCGUGAUCCUUCUUGUUAUCAUCCUAAUCUUCGCAUUCACCACUUAUGCCACUGGCGACAGGCUCGGCUCGCCCAGAGCUGUGUAUGAUGCCCUGCAAGAUCUCGCAGCUCAAACGCCUGUUGAAGGCAAUGCUGGUGGUAGCUAUCUGACUAUGAGGAGCGAGGAAGGUGCCAUCUUCUUCGUCAUCAACAUCAUCGGCAAUUUUGGAACAGUGUUCAUGGACAACGGAUACUACAACAAGGCCAUUGCUGCCAGCCCUGUCCACGCACUUCCAGGAUACAUCAUCGGAGGCCUUUCGUGGUUCGCCAUCCCCUGGCUGUGCGCCACAACCAUGGGCCUCGCCGCCCUCGCUCUCCAGGGAACCCCGUACUUCCCGACCUACCCCAAUCCCAUGACGGAUGCAGAGAUCAGCGCCGGACUCACCCUCCCCUACGCAGCCACCGCCAUCCUCGGAUCUGGAGGCGCCGUCGCAACCCUGCUCAUCGUCUUCAUGGCCGUCACCUCCGCCUUCUCCGCCCAGCUCAUCGCUGUCUCCUCCAUCCUGACCUACGACAUCUACAAUACCUACAUCAACCCCAACGCCAGCGGCAAGCGCCUCGUCUGGACAAGCCACACCUGCGUCGCCGGCUUCGGGCUGGUAAUGGCCGCUUUCUCCACCGGCCUGCACUACGCGGGCAUCAGCAUGGGCUACCUGUAUCUUCUCAUGGGCGUCAUCAUCUCCUCGGCCGUGCUGCCCGCCACCCUCACGCUGUUGUGGUCCGGCCAGAACCGGUGGGCCGCGACACUCUCUCCCGUGCUGGGUCUGUGCUGCAGCAUCAUCGCCUGGCUCGUGACCACGGCCAAGCUGAACGACGGCCUCAUCAACGUCGAAACAAGCGGGGCCAACAACCCCAUGCUCGCAGGCAACGUCGUCGCCCUGCUGUCUCCCGCCAUCUUCAUCCCCGUCCUGACCCUCGUCUUCGGCGUCGACAAGUACGACUGGCAGUCCAUGAAGAACAUCCGCCUCAUUGACGACUCCGACGUCGCCGCCGCCGCCCACCUGGAUCCCGAAGCCCUCGUCGGCCGCCACACGCCGCUUACCCCGGAGGCCGAAGCAGCGGAGCAGACGAAACUGCUGCGCGCAAGCAAGAUUGCCAAGACGACAACCGCCGUCAUGACGCUGGUUCUGCUCGUCCUGUGGCCCAUGCCGCUGUACGGCACCGGGUACAUUUUCAGCCCUAGCUUCUUCGCUGGCUGGGUCGUUGUCGGCAUCAUCUGGCUCAUGUGCAGUACGCUUGCGGUCGGUGUGUAUCCGCUGUGGGAGGGCAGGAUGAGUCUCGCGCGCAACUUUGGCGGCAUGUGGAGGGAUGUUACGGGCAAGGGGCCCAAGAGGCGCGGGGAGCAUGUUGAGGUUGUUGAGGGUCAGCAGACGGCCGAGUCGGGUACGCAUACCCCCAAGGAGGCGGUGGCGGGUGAGAAGAGUGUCGAGGUUAAGUAG